UAUGUAUAUAUAUGUUUGUUGUGUUCUAACCAUCUGUUUUGCAGGUUAAUGAUCCCUAAAUAGCAGGGACAUUACAACCAGAGAAACGGGACUCGCCCGAAAUCGCCCAAACUCGGCGAGUCCGAGUUCGAGUCAGGCCAAACGAGUCCCAGGGGCUCGGACUCGGCCGCGGCCGAGUCUGGAGAGUAAACUCGCUAGACUCGCCGAGUUUGGCGAUUUUGGCCCAAAAUCGCCAAACUCGGCGAGUCCUGAGCCCUGGACUCGGCCGGCGUUGGCACAACUAAAAAGUAAAAAAAAAAAUAGUUUGGAAAGUUUUUUUAAAUCCGUUUUUUAAUGUUAAUUGUCUUCUAGCCCUAAAAGUGACUUUCAUUUCAUUCACUUGCAAAAAAAGGAAGAGUAAAGUGAGUUGGGAAGAAAAACAAGGGUGCAUAGAAGAAAAACCAGCAAGGAGGAAGCUCAAGUUUUCUUCAAUUUGUCACAUUGGAGCUGCAUUGUGUUUCGAUUUGGUGCAUCAAGAGUUGGAUAGGAAGAGUUUGCAGCUCAUUUCAAGCUUGUUGUAAGAGCAAACUUCACUUUAUUAUUUGCCUCAACUUCAACUUUCACAAAACUAUCCUAAAAUGUCUACUUCAGCUUCUAGACCCCCCAUGAGAAAGGACCCUGCUUGGAAAUAUCAUGAGGAUUUUCCAGGGCAAGGAAAGGGGCAAACAAAAUGUAUGUUUUGCAAAACAAUAUUCCAUGGAGGUAUAUAUAGGCUGAAAUACCAUAUUGCUGGUGUGCGUGGACAUGAUGCCGAACCAUGCCUAAGAGCAGUCUCUGAGGCCAUACGUGAUUGUUAUGUAAUGGUUGAGGAGAUUGAAAGAAAAAAGAAACAAAAGGAGGAUCGAGUGGCCAUUGGGAGAGAGACAGUUUUAGGAAGAGGGACACAGUUAGGUUGUGUUGGAGGCUCUUCUUCCUUACCUCCAUAUCGUCCCACUCAGUUUGCUACUGCUGGUGCUUCCAUUUCUGCUUCUGCUUCUAUAAGUGGCAGUGCCACCGCCACUUCUCAUGCUGCUACCACUAGUAGUUGUAGUGGGAAUGUUAAACAUUGGACCUAGGAUUCGUAAAUCUAGGUUGGAUUCCUUCUUUGUGCCUCGCACUAUUCCUGGGUCCCAACCGUCGCUUGAGGGCAUGGGUUGGAACAAGGAGGUCCAUGAUGCUGCUAAAAUGGCAAUUGGUAGGUUUUGGAGCUACAGCUGUAUUCCAUUCUUUGUAGCCAGGUCUCCUUAUUGGCAACAAAUGGUUGAUGCCAUUACCAUAUGCGGGGCGGGGUUCAAAGCCCCUAGUGAGAGUGAUUUGAGGGGACCCAUUUUAUCUCAAAUGGUGGAUGAUGUGAAAAAGGAUUUAGAUGAACAACGCCACAUAUGGAGCACUAAAGGUUGCACCAUCAUGACUGAUGGUUGGACGGAUAGGAGAAAUAGAACUCUCCUUAAUUUUCUUGUUUCUUCCGCAGGGGGCACCGUUUUCAUCAAGUCCAUUGAUACCUCCGCCCAUUGCAAGAAUGCCACCUACCUAUGUGAGCAGAUAGAGGAGGUGAUUGAAGAUGUGGGUGAGGAGAACGUGGUACAGGUGGUGACCGACAAUGCAGCAAAUUAUGUUGCUGCGGGUAGACUAUUGAUGGAGAGGCACCCAUCUAUAAUUUGGACUCCAUGUGCUGCUCAUUGCAUUGACCUCAUGUUGGAGGAUAUUGGAAAAAUCCCAUGGGUCAAGAGAUGUGUAGAAAGGGCAAGAAAUGUCUGCAAAUUUGUAUAUAAUCAUUCAUGGGUGUUGGCUCUUAUGAGACAAUACACAGAGCAGAAGGAGUUGCAUCGUCCAGGAAUCACAAGAUUUGCCACAAACUUCCUCACAUUGCAGUCCAUGCUUAGGUCUAAGCCUGCCUUGAGACGUAUGAUUGUUGGUGAGGAGUGGUCUUCCUCAUCCUAUGCUACCACCCCUGCGGGGAUAGAGAUGGCAGACUGCAUUUUUGAUGAGCAAGGCUUUUGGGUCCCUUGUGAUGAGAUAGUGAAGUUUGUUAAGCCCUUGGUGGUUUUGUUGCGAGUUGCGGAUGGAGAUAAGCCCGCAAUGGGCUAUAUAUAUGAGGGCAUGGAUAGGGCGAAGGAGGCCAUUAGAUUCGUCUAUGGAGCAGAUGAGAGCAAGUAUGGUCCCAUUUGGGAGAUCAUUGAUAGGAGAUGGCAUCAUCAGCUACAUAGGCCCAUCCAUGCGGCAGCCUAUUAUCUGAAUCUGGCAUUCCGUUUUAUCCCUUCUUUCAAGGCUGAUGCGGAGGUCCUUAAUGGGCUAUAUGCAAUCAUGGGAAGAUGGGACCUGCUGGUACUUCUCAGAUAGACCUUUUUCGAGAGCUACAGAUGUUCUCAGAUGCACAAGGGGAGACCUUCUUUCGUCCUGUUGCCAAAGACGGUAGGACAACUAUGAUGCCAGAUCAUUGGUGGAACUUUUUUGGCCCAGAGACACCAAAUGUUCAGAAGUUGGCCAUUCGUAUCUUGAGCCAACCAUGCAGCGCAUCAGGUUGUGAGUGCAAUUGGAGUAUGUUUGAGCACAUACACUCCAAGAGGCGCAAUAGAUUAUCUGUGGAGAAGAUGAAUGAUCUCGUCUUUGUUCACUACAACCUCCGCCUGAGAAUGAGAAAGAAUGCAACAGUUGACAUGUCUCCUAUCAUCUAGAUGAGGUUGAUCUUGAAGCAGAGUGGGCCAAUGAGAAUCAGACAGCUCCUGGGACUCCUACAGCUGUAUUUAGUGAUGAUGACAUUGAUUGGAUCGACCAGGUAGAUAUAGAGGCUGAGGCUGUAGCCAUGGCAGAGGAGGAGCAGAGAGCACAAGCAGAGACAGGAAAUACUGAGACUCAGAGUGACACAGCUGUUCCUGAUGUUGGUGAGCAUGACACAGCCGUUCCUGAUGUUGGUGAGCAUGGCAUGGUGUCACGGGGAGCAACUAUGGCUGCUGAAUCAUCCAGGACCUACUUUAAACGCCUUCGCAGGGGACCAGGGCGAGAGGGUGCACGACCCUCUCAGCCAUAGGCUUGUACACUUGUAGUUGUAUUUAGUAUUUACUAUUUACCUUUGGUAUUUGUAUGAAACAUUUGAUGAUGAUCAUAUGAUGACAUGGAUUUUUUAUUCCAUAGUUUUGUAAUAUUGUAUACAUUUGACAAUAUUUAUAUAUCUAUGUUUCUUA